AGUCACCACUGACCCCUCUCUCUCUAUCUCUCUCUCUCUCUCUCUCUCUCUCUCUCUGAGAUUCUGGCGCUCACCAUCUUCACUGCACUUGCCAACUGCCAAGCCAUAUCUAUGGCUUCUUCAGAGGAAAACAGUUUGGGGCAAAGGGUAUCAGAAAAGGUAAUUUCUUUAUACAAUUCUCUUCCAAAGAAAGGUAAACCUCAAGGCCGUGAAGUAACUGUUUUGGCUGCUUUUUUUCUCUCUUCUCCUUCCAAUGAAUUGAAGGUUGUUGCACUUGGAACUGGAACAAAAUGUAUUGGACGUUCUCUUUUGCGUCCUUAUGGUGAUAUUGUUCAUGAUUCUCAUGCUGAAGUUAUUGCUAGAAGAGCUUUGAUCAGGUUCUUCUAUACACAGAUUCAAUAUCUUUCUGAAACUAGUAGCAAGUCUGGACCUAGCAAUGGAUGCAAACGGUUCAAAGUUGAUGAUGACAACUUAGCAUUUGAGUUGGACCAAGGAUGUCUUGACAAACGGAAAUAUACCUUGAGAAGUGGUUGGAAAUUACAUAUGUACAUAUCACAGUUACCAUGUGGAGAUGCUUCAUUGAGCUCGCUUGUCACUCCUUCGGAAAGUGUGCCUUUAGGAGAAAAUGGUUCACAUUCAUCAUUAAUUAAUAGUUCAAAACAAAUAGGGAUGGUCCAGAGGAAGCCAGGUCGGGGUGAUACAACCCUUUCAGUUAGUUGUUCUGACAAGAUAGCUCGUUGGAACGUUGUCGGUGUUCAAGGAGCUUUGCUUUCGUACUUUCUCCAACCUGUAUAUCUUUCAUCAAUUACUGUUGGUCUGCCGCAUAUCAGUCCUGAAAAUUUUAAUUUGGAGGAUAACUUGAAAAGUGCAUUGUAUGAUCGUAUUCGACACUUGGAGAACGAGCUAACAUCUCCAUUUCUAGUGAACCAGCCAUUAUUUUUCGCUGCCCCAGUACCACCAAAGGAUUUUCAGCAAUCUGAGAGUUCUGCUAACACUUUGACAUGCGGGUAUUCUAUAUGUUGGAAUGAAUGUGGCUUACAUGAAGUCACCCUUGGAACUACUGGAAGAAAGCAAGGUACAUCUGCAAAAGGGGCACUCUAUCCAUCAACGGAGUCGUCUUUAUGCAAAAAGAGACUGUUGGAGGUUUUCUUGUCAUUGAGAAAAGAGUGCUCGGCAAGGUCCUUGGACAACGAGGUUACUUACCGAGAACUUAAGGAUGGAGCUGAAGAAUAUCAUUUAGCUUCUAAACUUUUUAAAGGGAAGCCACCUUUUAGUAACUGGUUCGUGAAACCCUUGGACUGCGAGAAAUUCCCUAUUUCAAAAUAAUAAUACAUUUAAGCCUUGUUUGAGAGCGUGGUUUUUGAGGGAAGGGGACUAGGGGGAGGGUUUAUGAUAUUGAUAAUCUCUCCUCUUGUUUGUCAGUUUUUAAAAGAGGAAAAAGCGUUCGGAGAUUUCUUAAAAAACCCUCCAAAGCACUCUUGACCUUUUGCUUUUUCCGGUUCCCCCAAUUUGGAGAGUUUAUCAUCUCUUUUAAACAAGGCGAGGGAUUCUCGUCUCUUUCUGUCCCCUUUCCUCUCCUCUUAACUCCCAAACAUAGCCUAAAUUACCUAUCUAAAGUGGAGAGCUUAUAGUUGGUAGUUGAAUGUGCCAUCCAAAAGUUGCGUACCACACAUAUCCUUGUUUGUUUUGUGUGUGAUUCGUGUUAUGGCACCGGCACAUAAUACUUUAUAUUUAUCCGUGGAAUCUGUUUGAGUCUUAUCCUUAGAAAAUAUGGGACACAAGAAAAAUAAGAUGGAUCUGUAACCAAACACACUCUUAAUGUUUUCUAAGACUUUGACUUUGAAUUCACCAUGGUUGAAAUGAACAUCAAGAGGACUUUAUCUGGGAUCCUAUAGAUGACAAUAUUGUUCAAGACCGUUGUAUAAUCUAUGCAACUCACAUUUUUUAGCUUUAUUAAUACCUUUUUGUGUUAAUUGCA